AAUCAUCUCCAGUACAUGGAACCAACAAAUGCCACUGAUGUUUCAGAAUUUCUCCUGCUGGGCUUGUCAGAAGACCUACAACUUCAGACUCUGAUUUUUGGGCUCUUCCUCUCCAUGUACCUGCUCACUGUGUGGGGAAACCUUCUCCUCAUCCUGGCCGUCAGCUCAGACUCCCACCUCCACACCCCCAUGUACUUCUUCCUCUCCAACCUGUCCUUGGUGGACAUUGGUUUCACCUCCACCACUGUCCCCAAGAUGUUGCACAACAUCUGGACACGGAGCCAAGCCAUCACCUACGCGGGCUGCAUUACCCAGAUGUACUUUUUCAUACUUUUUGCAGCACUGGACAUCUUCCUGCUGACCGUGAUGGCGUAUGACCGCUAUGUGGCCAUCUGUCACCCCCUGCACUACACGGUCAUCAUGAACCCCAGGCUCUGUGGGCUGCUGCUUCUAGGGUGCUGGGUCCUGAGUGCCCUGAACUCCUUGCUAGAAAACUUAUUGGUGUUGAAUCUGUCCUUCUGCACGGAAGUAACCAUCCCUCACUUCUUUUGUGACUUCAACCUGGUACUCCAGCAAGCCUGUUCCGACACCUUCCUCAACGAUACGGUCAAAUACAUUGUUGUGGUCCUGAUGGGCGGUGGCCCAUUCAUUGCGAUUCUCUCCUCUUACUUUAAGAUCUUGACCACCAUCCGUAGAAUCUCUUCAGCUCAGGGGAAGUCUAAAGCCUUCAAUACCUGUGCCUCUCACCUCUCUGUUGUCUCUCUGUUUUUCUGUUCCGCCCUCGGAGUCUACCUCAGCUCAGCCAUGCCCCACAGCUCACGUUCAAGUGCCGUCACUUCUGUGCUGUACACCGUGGUCACCCCCAUGCUGAACCCCUUCAUCUACAGCCUCAGGAACAAAGACAUCAAGAGGGCAUUGAGAAGUGUCCCGGAGACUGCAGCUAUAAAGUUUCCAGUCAUCUUGUUGUUGAAGAAAUGA